AUGCAACAGCUGUUGUGCGUCUGUUCAUUUUUGAUGUUUCCCCUGCACCGCGUGGUCUCUCUCUCUCUCUCUCUCUCUCUCUCUUCUCUCUCUCUCUCUCUCUCUCUCUCUCUCUCUCUCUCUCUCUCUCUCUCUCUCUCUCUCUCUCUCUCUCUCUCUCUCUCUCUCUCUCUCUCUCUCUCUCCCUCUCUCUCUCUCUCUCUCUCUCUCCCUCUCUCUCUCUCUCUCUCUCUCUCUCUCUCUCUCUCUCUCUCUCUCUCUCUCUCUCUCUCUCUCUCUCUCUCUCUCUCUCUCUCUCUCUCUCUCUGA